AUAUGACUCGCGCACUCUAAUCUUAUAUCUCUAUGGCCGACACUCUCGCUCCGCGCGCAACUUCACGCCGGUAAGCCGCGAAGAAGGAACGCGAGCGUGGGAAACGCGCGGGGAAGAGGCUCGGCCUGACGAGGACAAUUAGAGAUAUCUCGUUGUUGCGAACGCUUUGUAUCUUCCGAUCGUCAUUCAAUGUUGCAUCAGCUGCGUCAAUAGGAGAACAAUUGCCAAUUGACCACGUGUAUGGAAAUAUAUAUGGACGGAAGCGACGCUUAAUUUAUUGCGUUAUAAUUCAAGUACGUGUGCGUAUUGAUGUGAUCGACGAGUGUCUAAAUUCAAGCUGAGGAAUUAUUGUUGUAUAAUAUUGUGCCGGGAAAUUGUUUAUCACGUGCGAAGCGAUUCGUUCUCGUUGAAAUAUUUCGGAAAAGGGUAUUAAAAGAAUUAAUUGGAACAAGGAAUUCGCCAAGUUUUCAGGCUACAAAUGAAAAUAUAACACCAUGGCCACCGCAGCGGAGUCGCCCGUUUCCAACAAACCGACCGAGAUCCGAUGCCAGGAGAAGUCCAAGGGCGGGCUGUGCUACGAGGUGAUCCUGGCGCAGCCGACGGUGCCUAAGAGAGCUCCCUCGCCGCCGCAGCAGAGCCCGACGCAGCAAACCGCGAUCGAGGACAAGCUAAAGGCCGCCGAGGAGCGAAGACUGUCCAUCGAGGCGCACAAGCUCGCCGCCCUCGCGGCUAAGCUCAGCAAGAUCGAGGAAGCCUCCCGCAAGAAGGAUGAGCUCAGCGCGGCCUUCAUCGCCGCCACCCGCGAGUCCCUGGACGCGAAAAUGAACAACACGGAGGAGAAGCGAGAGGCCCACAUCGCCGAGCUGAAGAACAAACUGAAGGAGCACUUGGAGAGUGUCGAGAAGACUCGCCUGAGUCUCGAGCAGCAGACUGAGGAAGUGCGAUGCGCCGUCGAGGAGAAACUGAAAACUGCCGCGGCUCAGCGUGACGAAAAUAUCAAGAGAAUGCUGGAUCGUCUCAAGGAACAUGAAGAGCAGGUUGCUCGCGUACGUCAAGGUAUGUCGGAGCGCGUGCAGCAGUUGGAGUCCCAAAUCCAGGGCAAGUUGGAGCAGGCACGCGAACGUCGCGAGACCAUCGAGCGCGAGCAGAAGGAGAAGCUACGCAAUCAUAACACGGUGAAGAUAGCGAAAGUGCGUCAGAUGGCGGCGCGUGAGCUCCUGGUGAAAAAGUGCGAGUUCGACAAGAGGGUGUCGACCGCGGAGAUGAAUCGGCAGCGAGAGAUCCAACGUCGCGUGCAGGCGAUUCGCCGCCACCAUGAGAGGCGCGCCGAGAUGGUGAGACAGAAUAAGAAGGAUUUAAUCCACCGUCAGGACGUUAAUCCAGCAGACGCGUCGCACCCGAUCCUGCCGGUGGAGAACGAGACCGCAAGUUCCGGUUAGGUGUCCGGAGCUCUCUUCUAGGCCGCUCGAACGCCCCGCAAAGCUCCGUUUCGCUUUGUGCCAUUAUUUUCUAACUCGAAGUAAAACGGGAGGUCGAUCGCCGCGCAUCAGACGUGUCCGCAUUUCGAGCAAAAGAGGUAGGGGGGGAACACCAAAUCUCCUUGCGGUUCCAGGAUGUCGCAUGGACAAUACUGCCUUCAUCACGUUGCCACUACUUCGGCAACGUUCUGCAUUGAAAGAACGCGCGGUUUCCUGAAUUUUGGAGGGCAAGAGCGAGGGUCGCCAACGAUUUCGAGGAGGUUGUUGCGAGAGUUUGAUUCAGCUUUACAUACAGAGAUGUAGGCUUUAAAAUGUGGGGCACAAGGAUCUAGUUCUAUAAAUCCGUAAAAACCUGAGAAUUAUUAUAAAAGAAUUGUUACAAAAUUGAGCUGUUCAAAGAUUUAGAAAAGUUCAAGAUUGUCAAAAUCCAAGUUUUUUUCUAUUUGUUUAUUCAUUAAAAAUAUAGAAAUUACAAGAGUAUCUGCGGUACUGUAAUAUCGAUAUACUCCAAAAUUAGGAUAUCGAGAAUCUGUAUGCACUAGAAAUUUUUUUUACAAGGUUAAUAUUGUAAGAGUCUAAGAAAAGUUUACAAAGAACUCUCGCAGCAACCCGAAGAAAAUAUGUUUCAGAAAAAUAUGCAUUUUUUACAUGAAAAGUAAUUCAAAGAUAAAGUUAAAAGCAGGUUUAAAGCGCGCUUAAGGGAUUCGACUUUGGCCUUUAAUAAAAAAAUAUACAAUAAUAUGCUAGAAAUUUUUAUUUUUCAUUUUAAUCUAUUGAUUAAAUAUAUUUGCGGAAACAACAAUCUCUCAUUUAUAUAAGAUUUUUCCGUAUCGAGUAAUUAAAUUCGCGUCUUUCCUUUUUUUAAUAUCUUUCUGUUAUACAUUGUCAUCUUAUUGUUAAUCUUGUUCUCAAUGGGGGAAACAAAGAUACGAAGUAUGGAAAAAGACCGCUACGAUGGCUAACGAUCGAUUAACCGUGAUUACCAGCUGUUUAUUUUGAAUUGCAACACAAUGCAUCGUUUCCCGGGAAAAGAAGAAGAUUCGGUUUGAUAGAGAUUAACGGAUUAUUAUAAAUCACUAUCGCUACAACUUAGAUACUAAGUGGUGCGACUGCAGCUUUGUGCGUGCGUGUGUGCACACGCGAGAGGAUAUGUGUGCGCGCGAUGUGUGCCGGCGUGUUAAGCACACUCAUGAUUAUACAUAUAAAUAUAUAAUAUACAUAUAAUUAUAAUGAUAUAUUAAUGAUAAUAAUAACAAUAAUGAAUAUAGUGCUUUAUACUAGGCUUGAAAAACUUGAGAAAACAUUUUGUACUCAUUGUAAUAUUACUGCGCUAACCAAAAUGAGAUAACACUCACACGAGAAAUGUAGUCUAACGAAAUAUGAUAAUGUGACGCUUCUGUGAUGACUUUAAUUAUUUGUCAAAAUGUGUAACGUUUAAGUAUGCGCGAAAGAGAUAGAGAGAGAAAGCGAGUGCGACAGAGAAAGAAUAAAUGAGGGAAUGUACGGAAGAUAUAGGAGGAGAACAGAAAAGAAUGGAAAACAUUGUGUUUUGUCAAGUUAGCGCGGUUGUCGUGACCAGGGAAAGCUCGUUCGCGUCGAGGACACAUACGGCAUAUAAUAUAAUCUUGUUGGGACCCGAUCCCGACCCACGUAGCAUCUGUUACAAUCGCUGGUUUAUAUGCUUGCAGAAAAAUAAUAAAACAAAUGAAAAAAGGCAAACAUAGGGACGUUACAGUAUUUUCUGAUGCGAUUAGGAACGUAACACGAGUUUCUGGUAUGGAGGACGAGCUUCGAAGCUUACGCAGCUCCAAGUAAUCUUCAGAAACGUUUUAAGACUAAUAGAAAUAGAGUGUAAUUAAAUUUCACGUAUCGACAACUCUGCUUGUACAAAAAAACUAGACUGUAAUGGGAGCCAGGGCUUUGAGAAAACGAAAAGAAAUCGCAAGCUUUGGAGUCUUAGAAGUCGACACGAUGAGCCACGUGGAGGUUUUCCAAAGAGGCACUCUUUGAAUAUGAAUAAAGGGAAGAAAGAAAGAGAAACAGUAAAAUGAGAAGGAUGGAGAACUUGAGCCUUGGUCACAGUGCCGCUGCAGUUCCAAGGUCUAGAACACGACAAGUCGCAACUAUAAUCACGAUAUUCGUCACUUGCAUCUCGUAAUCCGGAUCAGCAGUUCCCAAGUUUAAGCAACUUACUUUCUACGAUCUCGUAAAGACUCCCAAAUUACUGCGAUAUCAGAAUCUAGGAGUCGAGUCCUUGGGGUCCAAGAUUCUGCGAGGAGUGAUCGAUUGCCGCAUUCCGUAACAGAUAAUUAGAUUGACUUGCUAUAUUUUUUAUUUUUUUAAAAUAGAUUUAUCACAUUUCGUAUAUUUUGCACUGUUAGUCUUCCUAACAAUUCACGUAUGAGUAGCAGAUCUUGUUAGCUCUUCCCAAUCUCUUAUAUUCUUGGGAGCGUCUAGUUUGCGUCAUAGGUGCGCAUUUAGCCAUCACAAAUUCCCAGAUGUUCCAAAAAUUUUAACAGGAACUUGGAGCUUUGGAAUAAUUCCUAUAUAAAUAUAUAUUUUUAAGUUUUAUAAGCAUUCUGCUAUAUGGAUGAACACCAAUUUACUUCAAUUCUUCUUUUCAAAUUUGUAUAAUAUGCUUUACUCUGUAUACGUAGUCUUCGCUAAUUUUGCACCUUACUCGACGAUAGAUAGAAGUUAAUUAGCUCCGAUAUUCGCUAUUUGUCGACCACGCGAUUACAAUUGCGCAUGAAAAUAAUUGAAUCAGUUAAUGACUCACAAGUGGGCUGAACGUGAGUUUUUUUGCCGAGACGCAAGGAACGCCUAAUUGCACAAAUACUAAUUAGUGGAAGUGACGAGUGGAAAGGAGAGAAAGAGAGCGAAAAGGCAGUGAAAGGGCGAGCGACGAGAAAUUUUCAGCGUACUUUCGGGAGAGUCGGAGGAGAAAUUUGUCUUGCCGUGUCGCGAUGAGUGUUGGGUAACGUCUAUUUUUGCAUCUCGUUAUUGUAACCCUUUGGAAAUUGUAUAUCCUUGUGUAACGAUUAUAAACGCUGCGCGCGACGUAUGUCCCUCCCGACUUGCGUUACAAUGUACACUGGGUGGCUGGG